AUGACGACCGUCGUGUUGGAUUCGGAUGCCGUUGUCCUCUACCUCCCAGCGCCAAAAACUGUCACUGGCGAAGACGUGCUCGAACUGCACGUGCAUGGAGGAAAUGCCACGGUGAAGGCUGUGCUCUCCGCCAUUCCGGCAUCUUGCCCCGGCACUAUUCGUUAUGCUGAGCCUGGCGAGUUCACAAAGCGAGCCUUCAUUAAUGAUCGCCUCGACCUUGCUCAGGUGGAGUCUCUGAGUGACACGCUUUCUGCCGAAACCGAACAGCAGCGCCGCGCAGCUGUCCGAGGUUCCUCGGGCUCCUUGGGGAAAACCUACGAGACAUGGCGCCAAGAACUGCUUGAGGCCAGAGCCGAGGUCGAGGCCAUCAUUGACUUUUCGGAAGAUCAGCACUUUGACGAGACGCCCAUAGAUUUGCUCGAAAAUGUUACACGACAGGUCCGAGACAUACUCGCCAGCAUUGAUGUGCAUGAAAAUGCCAGUCAGCGCACAGAGCUUCUCAGAAAUGGCAUCCGCAUUGCUUUGCUUGGUCCUCCAAACGUGGGCAAAAGCUCUCUCAUGAAUCAAAUCGUUGGAAGAGAGGCGUCCAUCGUGUCCGGCGAAGCAGGGACCACUCGCGAUAUUGUUGAAGCUCACCUGGAUAUCCGCGGCUAUCUGUGUACAUUUGCCGAUACUGCUGGGUUUAGAAGUGCCAGCAACGACGACGCCCCCAUUGGCUUGGUCGAGCAAGAGGGGAUUCGGCGGGCCAGGGCCAAGGCAUUGGAGUCGGAUAUAGUGGUGGUGUUGGUCUCUGUUGAGCAAGACUCGUCUAGCAAGUUUCAUCUCAACUAUGACGCGCAAACGCUUGACCUGCUUUCAACUGUUGGAAAGGGCUUUCUUGUAGUCAACAAGCGCGAUGUCCUGCCAGAGGAGCAGCUCAAACAACUCCUCGAAAAGUUCCGGUCCUCUGUCUUGGGCGAGCUGAACCAGGAUUCAGCUCUAAACCCCGUCUUGGUUUCCUGCAGAGAUGCUCAGAACAAGCUCGGCGAUGCAAAGGAUCCCGGUGGUGUCCAUGCGGUAGCUGACCGGCUGAGUUGCCUUUUCAAAGACAUGACGACGCUGCCCACUAAUCAGCAAGAUCUCCACGGCGUUACUGAGCGUCAAAGACAACUAUUGGCACAAUGCCGUGAACAUUUGGAGAAUUAUAUUGCCAAUACCACAUCAGAAGACGCUUUUGAUGAGCUCAACUUUGUGAUUGCUGCCGAGGAGCUCCGCUAUGCCGCGGGCACCUUGGCUCGCAUUACUGGUCGUAGUGAAGCUGGCGAUAUUGAAGAGGUAUUGGGCGUCAUCUUUGAAAAAUUUUGUGUAGGAAAAUGA